GAACACAAUGUGUUGACAUAUCUUACUGUCGAACAAGCUCACAAGACCAAGAAAAAAAAGAAAUUAGGAUUACUUCGAAUUCCUAAUCCGAUCUUUCUUCCGUCGCAUCAGCCGUCAAAACG